CCUUCCUUACAAAUUUAGUAAACACAGCCCACCUUUUUGUCUUUAACUAACUAGUAGGAUAUUGUCCAACUUUUGCCUCCAAAUUUGACAAUAAUGUUCAUCCAUGAAAUCUUCCUUCUUUAUAGUAGCCUGUGCCCUCCACACUCUUUCCGCACUCCAUCUUCUUCUACAAUUAUAUACCUCUCCCUUCUAUCAAAGCUGUGAUUCACAUGGCGGCCAACAGCCAAUUACCCAAACUUUCCCUUCAAAACACCGACCAUGAGGCACAGAUCACACCUCUAGAGAUGGAUCAGACUAAUGAAAAGAAAGACUUGGAUUACUCGAAAAGAUCACAAUGGCUAAGGGCUGCGGUCUUGGGAGCCAACGAUGGGUUGAUGUCCACGGCAUCUCUCAUGGUGGGUGUGGGAGCAGUGAGGCAAGACAUCAAGGCCAUGAUCCUCUCAGGCUUUGCUGGCCUUGUGGCUGGAGCUUGUAGUAUGGCCAUAGGAGAGUUCGUGUCCGUGUGCUCUCAGUUAGACAUCGAGAUCGCUCAGAUCAAGAGAGACAAGAGGAGUGGGAAGGAUCAGAAAGAAGGAGAACAAGGUUUGCCAAAGCCAUUUCAAGCGGCAGCAGCAUCAGCUUUGGCAUUUUCUGUAGGAGCAAUGGUGCCAUUGCUUGGAGCUUCAUUUAUAAGAGAGUACAGGCUGAGGUUGGGGAUGGUUGUGGCUACUGUGAGCUUGGCCUUGGUGGUCUUUGGAUGGUUAAGUGCACUUCUGGGUGGGUCUCCUGCUUUUAGGUCUGUGUUGAGGGUCUUGCUUGGGGGGUGGCUAGCCAUGGCCAUCACUUUUGGAUUAACCAAGUUGAUUCGCUCGACCAGACUCUAGUGAUCGUUCAUUACUUCACUUUGUAAAAUGAGUUUUUUUGUGCUUACAGGAUGCAUGGUUAAGUAUGUAAUUACAUGUUACUAAGAACUUAGAUCGGUGAUGCACCUUAUCACAAGAGAAAGGAUGAUGACUGAUAUCUCGCUCAAUCUCUCUUCAAACCAGUGAUAUUAUUGUAUUCUUAUUCUUCAACGGAUAUUAAAGUUCGGUAUUCCCUCUUCAAUUAAAUUCACCACUCCUACACAUGGGGCAUACAUCAAAAUGGAAGGGGGAAAUUAAGACAUCAAAGUUUGAAGAAAGGGUAUGCAUUGUUUGUUAAAUGAUAAGUUUUUAUUAACAUUAAGAAUUUGAGCUAAAUUGAAGAAAAUGUUAAUUGAUUUAUCUUUACAAAAUCAGCUUCUUUUUAGAAGUGAUAAAUUAGAAUAAUUAAAUUAAUUUCCUUUUUUUUAAUAAAAGUCAAAUUUAUAUAAACAUAAAAUGAUUAGUAAAAAGCCUAACCUGUUGUUCUGAUAAAAUAGACACAACAACUAGAUGAAAACCCACAAGCAUUAGUCCAAAAGUCAGCAUAA